AUGAAGGCCGAGGACGGCCCCUUGAAGAGCCUGGGCUGUGAGCGGAGGCUGGACGCGCUGCUGCCGGCUCGGCCCGUGUCCUCCAGGGCCUGCCGGGAGCUGCCGCAGAAGCAGGGCGAGCCGCUCGACCAGUUCCUCUGGCGCAAGCGCGACCUGUACCAGACGCUGUACGUGGACGCCGACGAGGAGGAGGUCAUCCAGUACGUGGUGGGCACCCUGCAGCCCAAGCUCAAGCGCUUCCUGGCGGCCUUCGGUAAGUGCCGGACCGAGAUGCUGGAGCACGUGCGCAGGACCCACCGGCACCUGCUGGCCGAGGUCUCCAAGCAGGUGGAGCGCGAGCUCAAGGGGCUGCACCGGUCGGUGGGCAAGCUGGAGAGCAACCUGGACGGCUACGUGCCCACGAGCGACUCGCAGCGCUGGCGGAAGUCCAUCAAGGCCUGCCUGUGCCGCUGCCAGGAGACCAUCGCGCACCUGGAGCGCUGGGUCAAGCGCGAGAUGCACGUGAUCUUCGAGGACCCGCACGAGUUCCUCAGCCACCUGGAGGAGUACCUGCGGCAGGUGGGCGGCACCGAGGAGUACUGGCUGUCCCAGAUCCAGAACCACAUGAACGGGCCCGCCAAAAAGUGGUGGGAGUACAAGCAGGGCUCGGUCAAGAACUGGGUGGAGUUCAAGAAGGAGUUCCUGCAGUACAGCGAGGGCACGCUGUCCCGCGAGGCCAUGCAGCGGGAGCUGGACCUGCCGCAGAAGCAGGGCGAGCCGCUCGACCAGUUCCUCUGGCGCAAGCGCGACCUGUACCAGACGCUGUACGUGGACGCCGACGAGGAGGAGGUCAUCCAGUACGUGGUGGGCACCCUGCAGCCCAAGCUCAAGCGCUUCCUGUGCCACCCGCUGCCCAAGACCCUGGAGCAGCUCAUCCAGCGGGGCCUGGAGGUGCAGGGCGGAAACUGA